GAUCGCCGUCCUGAUCACCGCCCUGUACGGCGCGGUGUGCGUGGUGGGGCUGCUGGGCAACCUGCUGGUGAUGUACGGCAUCGUGCGGUACACCAAGAUGAAGACAGCCACCAACAUCUACAUCUUCAACCUGGCCCUGGCAGACGCCCUGGCCACCAGCACGCUGCCCUUCCAGAGCACCAAGUACCUGAUGGAGACCUGGCCCUUUGGGGAGCUGCUCUGCAAAGUUGUCCUCUCCAUUGACUACUACAACAUGUUCACCAGCAUCUUCACCCUCACCAUGAUGAGCGUGGACCGCUACGUGGCCGUGUGCCACCCCGUCAAGGCCCUGGACUUCCGCACACCAGCCAAGGCCAAGAUCAUCAAUGUCUGCAUCUGGGUGCUCUCCUCCCUCAUUGGGGUGCCCAUCAUGGUCAUGGCAGUCACCAAGUCAAAAGCAGACGGGGUGGUGCUGUGCACGCUCCAGUUUCCCAACCCUCCCAUCUACUGGGACACCGUGACCAAGAUCUGCGUCUUCAUCUUCGCCUUCAUGGUCCCCAUCUUGGUCAUCACCAUCUGCUACGGGCUGAUGAUCCUUCGCCUGAAGAGCGUCCGUCUCCUCUCGGGCUCCAAGGAGAAGGACCGCAACCUGCGGCGCAUCACGCGCAUGGUGCUGGUGGUGGUGGCAGCCUUCAUCAUCUGCUGGACCCCCAUCCACAUCUUCGUCAUCGUCUGGACGCUGGUGGACAUCGACAAGAAGAACCCCUACGUGGUGGCCAGCCUGCACUUCUGCAUCGCCCUGGGUUACACCAACAGCAGCCUCAACCCCGUCCUUUACGCCUUCCUGGAUGAGAAUUUCAAGAGGUGCUUCCGAGAGUUCUGCCUGCCUUUCCGAGCUCGUGUGGAUCAAACCAGCUUCUCCAGGGCCAGGAACACCACCAGGGAGCACGUGUCCACCUGCACCCCGUCCGAAACCCGCAACAAACCGGCAUGACUAGACGUGGGCAGCCUCCAGAGAGGCUGCCGGGGCCAGGGGGGGGAUGACCUGCGCUCAG